ACUGUUCCCUAAAUGUAUGCAACUUCUUAACAUUUACGUAGUCAUUAAGAAAACUUUGAGGUAGACGUACAGAUACAUCCAAACAAGUGUGACCUACAAACACGAGGAUAUGCGUAAUUCUCCAAGAACGAGGAUGUGUAGAUUCAAAUAUCACAUCAAACGCACAAAAUCACGCGACAAAAGUAUCGCCACACGCUGCACGCAUGGAGCCGUAGUGAGCACAGAAUGGAGGUUCGGCUGUUUGAGGAUCUGGAAGAAGGUGAAAUCGAACCGAAGGAACAUCGUCCAGGCGAUAUUGAAAUUUGGAAUGAGCAAAUUUCAUCAACGCAAGAGUGCGCGGAAAAUUUAGAAGACCGAUUUGAUGGUGGUAGUGGUGAUGGUGAGUGCGAAACGAUUGAGCCAGCCAUCGUGGUGGUAGAUCUAACUGACAAUGAAGAUGAACCGCAGGACGAAACACCUGGCACAGGUGUUGAGCAGUUUAAUUCACUUUUGUCCUGGCUUCAGGAAUAUUUCGAACUUACUCUGCAAAAUAAGUUAGCCAAAUUGGUUGACUUUGCGUUAUGUGAGCAGUGUAAACAACCAAUUAAUGAUAUUUUUGAUAUGGUUUUCGUGGAGCAGUUUCAUUUGGUUUGUUUCUAUAAAUUUAAUCUCGGACAAGAACUACCCCAGGAGACGAUUGCCAAUAUAGAGCUGCUAAAGAUACAAUUAUUUCAAGCUUUCAAAAGCGUUAAUGCAUCACAAGAUCUCAUACGAACCCACCCUCAGUUUCGCCAAUUUUUAGAGUCUCUAAAGUCAGAAAUCAGUAAUCGAGUAUGUCUAGAAUGCGGCCAAACGUCGGAAAACGUUCAAGACCAUUUGCACAAGACACAACAGCGGACCAUUGCCAAGGCCAGCACUAGCACAAAAGUUCGAUACCAGUGUCGAUUUUGUACCGAGUACUUUGAGUAUGAAUUUCUUCAGCUGAGACACGAAAUGCAGCAUCCCAACCUAGUGAAGGAGAAAUAUUCCGGCAUGGUACUGCGGAACGAACAACUCCUCUGUCCAUACUGUAGGGUGAGAUUCGACAAAAAUCAUCGUAUGCAACAGCACCUGCUGGCUCAUGAGAAAGCGGUGAAAUUCGACCCAACUAAAAGACUUAAAACUUAUCCGGCUGUGACGUUGCGCACCAGGAGGAAGGUGACUAUAAAAACCGAAACGGAUGAAUCCAAGCGGCCAUACUCUCUGCGAUGUUAUUCGAAUGUGAAGUUUAGACGUAAGUAAUGAGUAAACUAAGUAUUUUAAUAUGACAAUGUGAAAGUA